AUGUCGAGGACUUCCAAUAUGGCAAAAAGUGCCGACAAUAGUACUGGAAUUCACAAAAAACUGAAAAAUUCGCAAGUAGUCCUUAUUACCCUUACGUCCGGUGCCAUAGCGGGUGCUCUAGCCAAAACAACUAUAGCUCCUUUAGAUAGAACAAAAAUUAAUUUUCAAGUUAGUCACAAACCAUACUCUACUAGGAAAGCUUUUAAAUUCAUAUUGAAAACAUUGAAGCAAGAGGGAUUUUUGGCAUUAUGGAGAGGAAACAGUGCCACUAUGGCUCGAAUCGUGCCACAUGCUGCAAUACAGUUUACAGCACACGAACAGUGGAAGAGAGUACUCAAAGUAGACCAGGCAGGAGGAAAUACGCCUGGGAAAUUAUUUCUGGCUGGAUCUCUGGCUGGUGUCACAUCACAAUCACUUACUUACCCACUUGACCUAGCGAGAGCGAGAAUGGCCGUAACAUCACGACAGGAAUAUUCAACUCUAAGACAAGUAUUUAUGAAAAUAUAUCACUGUGAAGGAAUUAGUGUUUUAUAUAGGGGAUAUGUGCCCACUAUUUUGGGAGUAAUACCGUAUGCGGGUGUAUCAUUUUUUACAUACGACACUCUAAAAAGGGUUUACAGAGAACAUGUGGAUCCUAGACUGACAACGCAUCCUUUAGCAGCCCUGUGUUUCGGAGCCAUAGCCGGUAUGCUAGGUCAGAGUAGUUCGUACCCGUUAGAUAUAGUAAGGAGGAGAAUGCAGACUGACACCAACGGGAAAUAUUCGACCGUCGUUGGUACACUAAAAUAUAUUUAUGAAAUCGAAGGAAUACAACGUGGUUUUUAUAAAGGACUCUCCAUGAAUUGGAUCAAAGGACCGAUAGCAGUUGGGAUCAGUUACACGACGUAUGAUACUAUUAAGGAAUUUUUAAGGAAUUGCUUUUUUAAAGAUAGGACAAAUUAUUCUUUUUUGAAUAAUUAG